ACUGAUCCCACCUCAUUUCGUGCAAAAAGGAAACUACACACACUCUCUGAGAAGCACACACUCACACCGCCUCAUUGAAAUACCUGUCAGUUCCAUCAAGAACACCAACACUACUCUUCUCACCUCACCAUGAAGUCUCUGGCUCUGGCUCUCGGAGUGUUGGUCUUGCUAACAGCUGCACUGGCAGAGAGCGACCCAAUUGCAGGUACUCCAAAUAUCACAGAAACUACAAACGCAACUUAUGCGCCCACAACCACGGAGAUGAGCACCCACUCAGUCACACACCCUACGGGAGCCACCAAUGCCACCAUGACCACCAAUGCCACCACGACCACGACCACCACCACGACCACCACCACCACACCCAGCGGGGCCCCGUCAGCGCUGGGAUCCCUCGCCUCCUCUCUGCUCUUCUGCUCCAUGCUCUCUCUGGCUCUGCCUCUACUGUGAGCUAUUGACCCGCUACGCCACACCAAGCCGCAGUAUGCCAAGAAUGAUCCAGAAAUGUGCCUUAACGGUCACGUCUAUGAAGGAUGACAAAAUGCUUGAGCCUAUUUUAUACAAAAAAAAUGUGUUUACUGAAAACAUUACCGUAUGAAAUACUUUGAUUUAUUUUUAAAAGCCUAGGAUGAUAAUGUGACAUUUUUUUUUUUUUACAUCAUCUGUAAAUAAGAGUAUUUUUACCAUACAUGAUUGUUAAAGAUCUGAUACAUAUGUAUUUUGUAUAAUAUAAUGUUUUUUUUUCAUACACUUUUCCAAAAUGUAAAUUCCUGCCCCAUUUUAAUAGGGGUGUUCAGUCUGUACAGUACCACUCAAAUUUAUUGUAUGAUAAAUGAGGUUUGACCAUGAAUAAAAUUACGCUAUUCUUA